AUGUCGAACGAUGGAGCUCCACCGGAACCAGUGCUUGAGGUGCCUAUUCCAACCGAAAUCAAAAUUCUUGAGACCGCCGAAGACAUACAGCAUCGACGUCAGGAGGUGCUUGGCCAUUAUUCGCAAUUCAAAGAGCACGCCAAGAAUAAGAGAGAUCGUUUAGAAGAGGCUCGACAAUAUCAGUACUUCAAACGUGAUGCUGAUGAAUUGGAGAUUUGGAUUCUGGAGAAGUUACAAACAGCUCAGGAGGAGUCGUUCAAGGAUCCAACUAACUUGCAGGCAAAAAUCCAGAAACAUGAAGCAUUUGAAGCAGAAGUACAAGCCCAUGCUAAAACUAUCAGUAAUUUGGACAAGACUGGAAAUGCUAUGAUACAACAUGGGCAUUUUGCAAGUGAGAUUAUCAAAAAACGCCUUGAAGAGCUUCAUGCUCUUUGGGACAAAUUGUUCUUCAAACUAAAAGACAAGGGCAUUAAGCUCCAGCAGGCAUUGAAACUGCUUCAGUUUAUUCGACAAUGCGAUGAGGUGCUUUAUUGGAUUAGAGACAAGGAGGCCUAUGUCACUGCCGAAGAUAUGGGCAUGGAUCUGGAACACGUCGAAGUGCUUCAGCGUAAAUUUGAAGAUUUCCUUAAGGAGCUUGGAAACCAUCAUUAUCGUAUUAACGAAAUCAACCAAGCUGCCGACAAGUUAGUGGAGGAUGGACACACGGAACAUGAUCAGAUCUAUAAAAAACGUGACGAGGUAAAUGACGCGUGGCACCGCUUAAAUACACUCGCCGCAACCCGGAAGGAGUGCCUCUUUGGAGCGCAUCAAGUGCAGCGUUUCAAUCGUGACGCCGAUGAAACACUAGCUUGGAUUGCAGAGAAGGAUGCCGCUCUUUCAAGUGAUGAUUACGGCCGAGACUUGAAUAACGUUCAAGCCCUUCAACGAAAACAUGAAGGUACUGAGAGAGAUCUGGCAGCAUUGGAGGGGAAAAUGCAGCAAUUGGAAAAGGAGUCAUUGCGACUUUCCGAAACCCACUCAGAUCGUGCUGGUGCAAUCGACGCGAAAAUGCGUGAAGCAAAAGAGCAAUGGAACGCGCUUAAAAGAAAAGCCCAGUCUCGUAAGGAGGGAUUAGAUCGGAGUUUGCAACUUCACCGGUUUCUCGCCGACUACAGAGAUCUCUGUUCUUGGAUAAACGACAUGAAAGCUGUCAUCUCUGCUGACGAACUUGCUAAAGACGUUGCUGGAGCUGAAGCACUUCUUGAGAGUCACCAGGAACAUAAAGGAGAAAUUGAUGCCAGAGAGGACAGUUUCAACCAGACAGCGGUAUCUGGCCAAGGUCUGCUUGACAUGGGUAUCCCAGAAAGCAACGAAGUUCGUCAAAAACUUGAACAUCUUGCACAUGAAAAGGCUUCCUUGUUGGCACUGUGGGAGGAACGUCGAAUAUUGUACGAACAAUGCAUGGAUCUUCAAUUGUUUUACCGUGACACAGAACAGGCGGAAACUUGGAUGAAUAAACAGGAAGCGUUCCUCGCCAACCAAGACCUUGGCGACUCACUUGAUGCCGUUGAGUCUCUCAUUAAGAAGCAUCAAGAUUUUGAAAAGUCAUUGAUCGCCCAGGAAGAGAAAAUUAAUGCUCUUGAUGAAUUUGCUACAAAGCUCAUUCAGGGACAACAUUAUGCCGCAGAUGAUGUAGCAAGGCGACGCCAGGCGCUUCUAGAUCGUAGACGCCGUCUCAUGGAUCGUGCCGCUGAUCAUGCUCGUCAGUUGCAUGAGAAUUACAAAAAGCAGGCCUUCAAUCGUGACUGUGAUGAAAUGGAGAGCUGGAUCAAGGAGAAAUUAAAGACUGCCAAAGACGAAUCCUACUUGGAUCCAACGAACAUUCGUGGGAAACUCCAGAAACAUACCAAUUUUGAGCAGGAGCUUAAAGCAAACCGGAACCGUCUAGAUGAGAUUAAUGAUACUGGGGCUCAGAUAGUUGCGAGUGAGCAUCCUGAAGCAGAUGAUGUGGGUUAUUUCGUCGAACAGAAUGUUGAUGAGUUGUGGAAUGAACUUGUUGAUGCAACCAACAAAAAAGGAGGCAAACUUCGCGAAGCUGGAGAUGAACAGCAGUUUAACCGAAAUAUAGAAGAUGUGGAGUUGUGGCUGAGCGAGCUUGAAGGACAAGUGGCGUCUGAGGACUAUGGAAAAGAUCUUGUUUCAGUGCAAAAUCUGCAGAAGAAAAUUGCGCUUUUGGAAAGUGACUAUCUUGCUCAUCAAGAUCGUGUAGACGGCAUUAAGUCGCAGGCAAGGAAGUUCGCUGACGAAAAACACUUUAACACUCCUGUCAUCAUUCGUAAACAAGAGGCUCUUCACACGCGUUUUCAGAAUCUCCGUGAUCCGUUGGAAAAACGAAAAAAUAAACUAGCUGAAUCACUCCAAGGAAAUCAGUUAUUCCGAGAUAUUGAGGAUGAGCUUGCAUGGAUCAGGGAGAAAGAACAGGUAGCUGGUUCCACCAACCGUGGUCGUGAUCUUAUCGGUGUCCAAAAUCUCAUUAAAAAGCAACAGGCGCUUAUUGCUGAGAUCGCAAAUCACGAAAGUCAGAUUGAAGCUGUCAGUAAAGCAGCUGAGGAUAUGAUCCAGCAGGGACAUUUUCUUGCCCCGGAAAUUCGUGACAAGCUUGCCCAUCUUCGGGAUAAUUGGAGAAUCUUGAAGACGAAGGCCGAAAAGCGACGUUUGGAGCUAGAUGAUUCACUUCAGAUACCAUUUAUACCACCCUUUGCACACCAGUAUCUUGCUGAUGCCAAUGAAGCUGAGUCAUGGAUGGCUGAAAAAGAACCUGUUGUUGGUUCUACGGAUUACGGGAAGGAUGAGGAUUCUGCGGAGGCUCUUCUGAAGAAACAUCGUGCUCUGAUGUCGGAUUUGGAUGCUUUCAAAGGAACCAUUGAUGAUCUAAGAAAACAAGCUGCUCAGUGUAAAUACCAAGAACAACCAGUUGGACAGCUUGGUCGUGACUGUGUUCUUGCUCUCUACGAUUAUCAAGAGAAAUCACCGAGAGAAGUAUCAAUGAAGAAGGGCGAUGUACUAACUUUGCUUAAUGCAUCCAACAAGGAUUGGUGGAAGGUUGAAGUUAAUGACCGGCAAGGCUUUGUCCCAGCUGCCUAUGUCAAGCGAAUCGAGCCAGGUGCAGCGCAUCAACAAAGUCAACAACAAGUUAAUUCCAUUGGUGGAAAGCAGAACGAAAUUGAAGAUAAAUAUCAGCGCUUAAUGAUGCUUGGCGAAACACGCAAAAGAAAACUUGAGGAAGCAUGUAAAGGCUACCAACUUCUCAGAGAAGCCAACGAUCUUGCGGAAUGGAUCAAAAGCCGCGAGGCUGUUGCUGCACAGCAAGAAAUUGGAACUGACCUUGAACAAGUCGAGGUCCUCCAAAAGAAAUUCGACGACUUCAAGGGUGAUCUCAAGGCAAACGAAGUCCGAUUGCAAGAGAUGAAUCAAAUUGCAACUGCUCUCACCUCUGUCGGUCAGACCGAGACGGCAGUGCGUAUUCGUCAGCAAAUCGAAGACCUCAAUGCGAGGUGGCGAGCACUUGAAGAGCAAACGGAACAACGCGAGCAACAACUCGGAUCAGCACACGAGGUGCAACGCUUCCAUCGUGAUGUCGACGAAACUAGAGACUGGAUUCAAGAGAAAGACGAUGCUCUCGAUUCUGAUGACUUUGGUCGUGAUCUCCGUUCCGUGCAAGCACUUCAACGCAAACAUGAAGGUGUUGAAAGGGAUCUGGCUGCUCUCGAUGAAAAGGUUUGGUCUCUAAUCAUCCUGAAGCUGCUGAACAGAUUUAUGAUUUGCAACAUUUCAGAAUUUACCUGGAGAUACAUCCCGUCCAUGAACUCACUGCUUACCGCUAAGGCGAACAACCGCAGAGAGAAAUUGUUGGAUUCAUACGACUAUCAGAGAUUCCUUUCGGAUUAUCGUGAUGUCAUGCAAUGGAUAUCUGCUAUGAAUCAGCUUGUGAGCAGUCAGGAGUUGGCAAAUGAUGUAACAGGUGCGGAAGCACUGCUGGAAAGACAUCAAGAGUACCGUACCGAGAUUGAUUCUCGUGCUGCCACAUUCCACGCCUUUGAGCAAUUCGGAAAUCAACUCCUUAACAACAAUCAUUACGCCAGUGAAGAUAUUGCCAGACGUCUAAGUGAUGUAAAUGCUGCUCGUCAAGGACUCGAAAAUGCAUGGGUUGCCAGACGUAAUGUCCUAGAUCAGUGCCUUGAGCUUCAACUCUUUUACAGAGAUUGUGAACAGGCUGAUACGUGGAUGUCUGCUAGAGAGAAUUUCCUUGCUCAAGAGGAUCCAACUGGUGAUAAUGUGGAGUCCUUAAUUAAGAAGCAUGAAGAUUUCGACAAAGCUAUCAAUAAUCAGCAGGAAAAGAUUGCUGGAUUACAACAAUUUGCGAAUCAACUUAUCAACAGUAACCAUUAUGACAAAGAUGCUGUGGCCCAUAAACGCGAUAUGAUACUGGACCGAUGGGAGCGUCUAAAGGCCGCUCUUAUUGAAAAGCGAAGUAAGCUUGGUGAAAGUCAAACGCUGCAGCAAUUCAGUCGCGAUGCCGAUGAAAUCGAAAAUUGGAUCGCGGAGAAGUUUCAAGUUGCGCAAGAGGAGAACUAUCGCGAUCCAACCAACAUUCAGCAGAAACAUCAGAAACAACAGGCUUUUGAAGCUGAGCUGGCGGCCAAUGCUGACCGCAUCGCCACUCUUAUAACUGCUGGGCAAAAUCUUAUCGAUGGUGCUAAAUGUGCUGGAGGCGAAGAUGCUGUUAGCGCUCGUCUAAAAGCGCUUAACGAUCAGUGGGAAUUGCUCGUAAAGACGACUACCGAGAAGAGUUACAGACUAAAAGAGGCGAACAAGCAAAAGAGCUUCAUGGCCGCUGUGAAGGAUUUAGAAUUUUGGCUCGGUGAAGUGGAAAUUCUCCUACAAUCUGAUGACUAUGGGAAGGACUUAGCCUCAAUAGAAAACCUUCUCAAAAAGCACCAGCUGCUUGAAGCCGACAUCAUGGCUCAUCAGGAUCGAGUCCAAGAGAUGAACCAACAAGCUGAUUCACUACUUGAAAGGGAUCAGUUCGGUGGGCAGCAAAUUGCAGAACGGCGCAAGGUGAUUUCUGAUCGCUAUGAACGUGUAAAGGAGAUGGCUAAUGAGCGUCGUGAAAAACUCAACAAAGCUCUUAGUGUUCAUCAAUUCUUGCGUGAUAUUGACGAUGAGGAGUCGUGGAUCAAAGAAAAGAAACUUCUCGUAUCAUCCGAUGACUAUGGACGCGAUCUUCCGGGAGUGCAAAAUCUCCGUCGCAAACACCGUCGUCUUGACACAGAACUGGCUAGUCAUGAGCCUUUGGUCUCUCAAGUCCGCCAGAAAGGUGAGGAACUCCUACGUUCAUCUGGAAUUGGUGGAGAAGAAAUCCAAAGGAGAAUGGCAGAAUUGGAGCGUAGCUGGGGACAGAUUCGUGACCUAACUGGUAGUCGGCACCAAAAACUCAAUGAGUCAGAAGAGUUCCAAGAAUUUCUAGGGAAGAUAGAAGAGGAAGAAGCUUGGAUGAACGCUAAACAGCAAAUUCUCGGUUCUGAUAACUAUGGCGAUAACAUGGCUGGUGUGCAAGGCCUACUGAAAAAGCAUGAUACGUUUGAGGUUGACCUACAGCUUCACAAACAGCGUGUUGAUGAUCUUAUCCGUCAAGGAAAACAGCUCAUUGACUCUGGAAACCAUCAUGGUCCUCGUAUCAAGGAUCGUUGUGACCAACUCUUGAACCGACUUCGAAAUAUUGAAGAUAUGGCUGCGCGCCGUCUGCAGAAACUUCGCGAUAACUCAGCGUAUUUGCAAUUCAUGUGGAAAUGCGAUGUUGUUGAGAGCUGGAUUGCCGAAAAGGAACAGCAGGUGCGAUCCGACGACUAUGGUCGUGAUCUGUCAUCAGUACAGAUUCUUCUUACAAAGCAAGAAGCAUUCGAUGCUGGAUUAAAUGCCUUUGAGCAUGAGGGAAUUCAGAGAAUCACUGAACUGAAAGACCAGCUUGUGAGAGGCAACCAUCAUCAAUCACCAGCAAUUCAAAAACGUCAUGCGAACGUGAUCACUCGAUGGCAGCAACUGCUUGCACAUUCCGAAGGACGUCGCCAGAAAUUGCUUAAAAUGCAGGACCAGUAUAAACAAAUCGAAGAGCUUUAUUUGGCUUUUGCCAAGAAGGCAUCCACUUUUAACUCAUGGUUCGAAAACGCCGAGGAGGACUUAACAGAUCCGGUCAGAUGCAACUCACUAGAAGAAAUUCGCGCCCUUCGUGAAGCGCAUGCAGAUUUCCAGCGAUCUCUAAGCUCAGCUGAGGAAGAUUUCCGACAACUGCAAGCGCUGGAUAAGCAAAUCAAAUCGUUCAAUGUUGGUCCCAAUCCAUAUACAUGGUUCACGAUGGAUGCCUUGGAAGAUACGUGGCGCAAUCUGCAAAGAAUCAUUAAAGAUCGUGAGAUCGAGCUUCAAAAGGAGAGCAAUCGUCAAGAGGACAAUGAUCGAUUGCGCCGUGACUUUGCCAAGCUCGCCAACGUUUUCCACCACUGGUUAACGCAAACCCGACAGGAAAUGAUGGAAGCAAGUGGUUCGCUAGAGGAGCAGCUGGAGGUUUUGAAAAAGAAAGCUGGUGAAAUCCGUGCGAAUAAAACUCAGUUGCGAAAAAUUGAAGAGCAAGGCGCCAUGUUGGAGAGGAACUUAAUUUUAGAUAAUCGCUACACAGAACACUCGACAGUCGGGUUGGCUCAAGCAUGGGAUCAACUUGAUCAGCUAGCUAUGCGUAUGCAGCAUAAUCUUGAACAGCAAAUUCAAGCACGCAAUCAAUCUGGUGUUACAGAGGAAGCCUUGCGCGAGUUUUCAAUGAUGUUUAAGCACUUCGACAAGGAGAAAUGUGGACGUUUGGAUCAUCAGCAGUUCAAAAGCUGUCUUCGUGCGCUUGGUUACGAUCUUCCUAUGGUGGAUGAGGGCCAACCAGAGCCAGAAUUCAAUCGAAUUCUCGACAUCGUCGAUCCAAAUCGUGACGGCUAUGUCACAUUACAAGAGUAUAUGGCGUUUAUGAUCAGCAAAGAGACUGAGAACAUACAGUCAUCGGAGGAAAUCGAAAUGGCAUUCCGAGCCUUAUCCAAGGAAUUUCGUCCAUAUGUUACUGCUGAAGAGCUUUAUGCGAACCUCACAACUGAGCAGGCCGAAUACUGUAUCAAGAGAAUGAAACCGUACACGGAUGCCAUUUCCGGUCGCUCAAUUCAAGGAGGUCUCGACUAUGAACAAUUCGUACAUGCUUUAUUCCAGAGUUAA